GAACACGUGAAUACAAGAAGAGCUUUAGUUCAGCUGCUGUCGGAGCAGAGAGUGCGAGAAAGUAUGAAAUGUGCUCACUGUUGGUGCUGAUGGUCGAACAAUGAGCUCAAAUCAGGUAGCUUUGGAUAUCUCUUCGAAAAACCCACAAGAUGACUUUGAGAUCAUACAGAGGGUUGGCGGAGGAACCUAUGGGGAGGUGUACAAGGCAAGACACAAACAGACUGGGAAUCUGGCUGCAGUAAAGCUCAUCAAAAUGGAACCCGAUGAUGACUUUUCAGUUAUCCAGCAAGAGAUCAUUAUGGUGAAAUCCUGUACACAUCAAAAUAUAGUCGCUUAUUACGGAAGCUAUAUCAGGUCCAACAAGUUAUGGAUUUGUAUGGAAUACUGCGGAGGAGGAUCACUGCAGGAUAUUUACCAUGUAACUGGCCCACUCUCUGAGUUGCAGAUUGCUUACAUCAGCAGAGAGACACUACAGGGCUUGGAAUAUCUACACAAUCAGGGGAAGAUACACCGAGAUAUCAAGGGAGCAAAUAUUCUUAUCAAUGACAAUGGAGAUGUAAAAUUAGCUGAUUUUGGGAUUUCGGCUCAAAUCACUGCCACAUUUGCACGAAGAAUGUCCUUCAUUGGAACACCGUACUGGAUGGCUCCUGAAGUUGCUGCUGUGGAGUUCAAAGGUGGCUAUAAUGAGCUGUGUGACAUCUGGGCAGUUGGCAUCACUGCUAUCGAACUGGCUGAACUGCAGCCCCCAAUGUUUGAUGUUCAUCCUUUGAGAGUGCUCUUUCUAAUGUCCAAAAGUGGUUACCAGCCACCCAAGUUAAAGGAUAAAGCAAAAUGGAGCGCGGCAUUCCACAAUUUUGCCAAGUUGACAUUAACAAAGAAUCCAAAAAAGAGGCCAGCUGCCAGCAAGAUGCUAACGCACCAGUUUGUGGCACAGCCUGGCCUCAGUCGGGUCCUGGUUCAUGAACUAAUUGACAAGCUGCGGAAUCCAGAGAAACACACCAGCCUCCAAGAGUUGGAUGAAGAUGACCUUGAGGUACGUUACACUCCACCUCCUGCUGUCCCACGUAGGAUUCACUCAACUAAUCGGCAUUCAAAAGCAGAAAGAACAAGCUCAGAAAUAAAGUUUCACAAGAUUCAGUUUGAACAAGCCAUACAGAGGGAAGAAUCCUGGCAGAAUAAGGAUCAAUCUGUGGACCAGAAUUCAAUGUCCUCACAAAGUGUGUCUGUUUCUGGGAGGAAGGACAGGGAGAAGCAAUCGGAUUCAGAUGAUGAUUAUGAUGAUGUUGCUGUGCUGAUGGGGACGCUACAGAAUGAUAUCCCUCCACCAUUACCCCCCAAGCCAAAGUUCCGGAGCAGUUCUGAGGACAGCAUUCCUGACGAAGAGAAGAUGAAGACAGUGGACCAUCACCCACAUUGCCAACGCCUGCCAGUCACGCUGGUCCGGUGCUCCAGUGGCCCAUCGGCAGCCAAAGCUCCCAAACAACCCCCUCCCGGAGGCUCCAAGAGCCCAAUCCAUUCUGCUGUCAACAGCAGUGGUUCAGAUCCCAGCAAUUGGACGAGUCACUUGGCCAAGGACAUUGGAGGAACGCCGCCAGUAUUACCACGCAGGAAAGAAAGGAAAGACAGGCCGGUACCUCAUGACACUGAUGUCCCGUCAGUUCAAAGAGUGCAGGUGGAGGUUCCAUUAGUGAAAGUGUUUAAUGGCUGUCCACUGAAGAUUAACUGUGUAACAUCAUGGAUACACCCCAACACCAGAGCCAAGCACUUGAUAUUGGGAUCAGAGGAAGGGAUUUAUACCCUAAAUCUAAAUGAACUGCAGGAAGCCAUACUAGAACAGUUGUAUCCAGGCCGCUGCACUUGGCUCUACGUCAUCAGUAACGUAUUAAUCAGCAUCUCUGGAAAGACACUGCAGUUACACUCACACAGCCUGCUGGGACUGUACGAACAGGCCAAGAAGGAACAGAGGUCAAUGGUUCACAUACCAACACACCGACUUUUACCCAGGAAGAAUGCAACAACCAGUAAGAUUCCAGACACCAAAGGCUGUAGGAAAUGUUCUGUUGUGCGAAACUCCCCAACAGGAUGUUGCUAUCUUUGUGGAGCAUUGGAGUCCAGUAUCGUUCUCUUGCAGUGGUAUGAGCCCAUGCAUAAAUUCAUGCUCAUUAAGCACUUUGACUUUCCACUGCCUAAUCCACUUCGAAUUUUGGAAACGCUAGUGAUUCCAGGUCAGGAGUAUCCAAUGGUUUGUGUUGGGGUCAGCACAAAACAUUCCUCCAACAAGGUUGUAGAAUUCCAGACGAUAAAUCUCAAUUCUUCCUCAUCCUGGUUCACAGAUCUGGGAACAGCAGCUCUGCAGGAGGAGUUUGUUCACGUGAGUCAACUGGACGAAGACAUGGUACUUGUGUGCAUUGGCCAAAAUAUAAAAAUUGUAAAUAUUCAAGGAUACCUCAAGUUGAAUAAGGAGCUGGUCCCAGAGGUGACGUUUGAUGUUCCAGUGGAAUCAGUCGUCUGCUUCUCCGACAGCGUCCUGGGAUUUUGGAAACAUGGGAUGCAGCGGAAGAGUUUCAGGUCCUGUGAGAUUUUUGAGGAGAAAUCAGAACACAGUCGACUUUAUCGUUUUUUGGGAGCUGACAGCUGCAGACUGGUGAUCUUUGAAACCAGGCUGACCGAUGACCCCACCUCCCACAGCAAUCUCUACACUAUGCAAGUGCCAGAGAACCCGUUGUGCAAGAUGGGAGCCGUGCACUCAGAUGGGGCCACAGCCCGUCAAUGACGCCAAUCUCAUGGGCAAAACAGGAUUUUUAGCAGCAGGACAAGGCUUAAAAGAGAAGAUAUUUAAUAUUUCUGACCACUCUGCUUACUAUGUUGGGUGUGGGUUAAAGGUUUGUCCUUGACUGCUGAAUCUACAUUACAGUUUGAAUGUGCCCUUGUAUUAUAGCAACAUCUUCUAAUUCAAUACCAUGUAAAGCUUGAAUGAUGAAUAUUCUAAAGUAGAAUU